UUGAGCCGCAGCACAACAUCGACGGCUCCAUCGGCAAGCGGCUGCAGUGCGAGUACGGUGCGUACAACUCACAUACACUUCCUGCUGAAGCUGGGCAACCUGCAGUUUGAGCCGCAGCACAACAUCGACGACUCCAUCGGCACGCGGCUCCAGCGCGAGUACGGUGCGUACCGCUCACAUACACUCACGUACUUCCUGCUGAAGCUGGGCAACCUGCAGUUUGAGCCGCAGCACAACAUUGACGGCUCCAUCGGCACGCGGAUGCAGCGUGAGUACGAGCUGCGCGAGGCGUGCGCGCUGGUGGGCGUGCAGGCGGACGCGCUCGCCGCCGCACUGGGCGCCGCUCCUAGCGAGCUCUCCGCCGACUCGCUCCCGCCACCUGAGGCGGAGAGCGGGGCGGGCGAAUGGGACGCGUGGGAGGAGUGGGGCUCGGAAGCGACGAGCGCGGCGGACACGGAGGUGGGCGCGGAGGCGGGCGCGGACGUGGAUGAGGAGGGGGGAGUAGAGGGGAGCGCGGGCUGGUCCAGUGCUCUGCGUGACCGUCUGCUUUGCGCCGUGUACGCGCGACUUUUCACCUGGCUCGUCAACGCCGUCAACGACGCCAUCAAGCCGGCUGCAGCGGCCGCGCGCAUCUUGCUGGGCGUGCUGGACGAGUACGAGCUGGAGUCGCUGGCGCACAACGGGCUGGUGCGGCUGCUCAUCAACUACGCGGCGGAGCGCGUGCAGGCGCGGUGUCGUGGACGUGUGGUGUGUGUGUGUGCGUCGUGUAUGUGUGUAUGUGCAGCCGGCUGCAGCGGCCGCGCGCAUCUUGCUGGGCGUGCUGGACGAGUACGAGAUGGAGUCGCUGGCGCACAACGGGCUGGUGCGGCUGCUCAUCAACUACGCGGCGGAGCGCGUGCAGGCGCGGUGUCGUGGACGUGUGGUGUGUGUGUGUGCGUCGUGUAUGUGUGUAUGUGCAGCCGGCUGCAGCGGCCGCGCGCAUCUCGCUGGGCGUGCUGGACGAGUACGAGCUGGAGUCGCUGGCGCACAACGGGCUGGUGCGGCUGCUCAUCAACUACGCGGCGGAGCGCGUGCAGGCGCGGUGACGUGGACGUGUGGUGUGUGUGUGUGCGUCGUGUAUGUGUGUAUGUGCAGCCGGCUGCAGCGGGCGCGCGCAUCUUGCUGGGCGUGCUGGACGAGUACGAGCUGGAGUCGCUGGCGCACAACGGGCUGGUGCGGCUGCUCAUCAACUACGCGGCGGAGCGCGUGCAGGCGCGGUGUCGUGGACGUGUGGUGUGUGUGUGUGCGUCGUGUAUGUGUGUAUGUGCAGUCGGCUGCAGCAGGCGCGCGCAGCUCGCUGGGCGUGCUGGACGAGUACGAGCUGGAGUCGCUGGCGCACAACGGGCUGGUGCGGCUGCUCAUCAACUACGCGGCGGAGCGCGUGCAGGCGCGGUGUCGUGGACGUGUGGUGUGUGUGUGUGCGUCGUGUAUGUGUGUAUGUGCAGCCGGCUGCAGCGGCCGCGCGCAUCUUGCUGGGCGUGCUGGACGAGUACGAGCUGGAGUCGCUGGCGCACAACGGGCUGGUGCGGCUGCUCAUCAACUACGCGGCGGAGCGCGUGCAUGCGCGGUGACGUGGACGUGUGGUGUGUGUGUGUGCGUCGUGUAUGUGUGUAUGUGCAGUCGGCUGCAGCAGGCGCGCGCAGCUCGCUGGGCGUGCUGGACGAGUACGAGCUGGAAUCGCUGGCGCACAACGGGCUGGUGCGGCUGCUCAUCAACUACGCGGCGGAGCGCGCGGCUGCAGCUGGCGCGCGCAGCUCGCUGGGCGUGCUGGACGUGUACGGGCUGGAGUCGCUGGCGCACAACGGGCUGGAGCGGCUGCUCAUCAACUACGCGGCGGAGCGCGUGCAGGCGGCGGUGACGGCCGCCACGCUGCGGCGCGAGCAGGACGAGUACGCGCGCGAGGGGCUCGCCUGGACGCCGCUGCCUUACACCGAGCAUGACCUGCACGCCGACCUGCUCGACGCGGGUCCGGAGAGCUUGCUGGGCAUGCUGCGGGAGAGCAGCGCGCGCGGUGCGGGUGCGGGGGGCGCGGGGGCUGACGCCGCCUUCCUGCAGCGCCUGCAGCGUCGCCGCCACCCGCGCCUGCUGGUGCUGCCGCCAGACCGCUUCCAGGUGGUGCACUUCGGCGGGCCCGUGGUGUACAGCGCGCGCGGCAUCGUGCAGAAGAACCGCGACGCGCUGUGCCGGCGCUGCGCGGCCGUGCUCGCGGGCGCGCGCGAGCCGCUGCUGGCGGCGCUGUUCGCGGGCGCAGGGCUGGCGGCGGGCGGCUCCCCGCGCCGGCCCUGUGCGCUGGCGUGCCGUCAGCGCGCGCUGGUGGGCGCGCUGGUGCGGCGGCUGCCGGCGGCGCCGCGCCUGGUGCGCUGCUUGCGUGCUGACGCCGCGCUGCGCCCGCACCGUUUCGACGCCUCGCUGCUGCGCCACCAGAUCCGCACGCAGGGGUAG